AUGCUGGCAGGAACCCCCGAAGUGCAGGGCACUAACUGCAGUAGGCAGAAAGGGGUCAGACAAGCCUUGGAGAAGGAGAGGUGUGGAGCUCUGAGCCCAGAAAUGCCUGGCAAACAGUCAGAAGACAGGCCAAUGGAAGUGGGAGCUGUGGAGGAUGGAGGUGAUGAAGGCCUGGGGGGCCUCACGGUGGAGGAGCUGCAGCAGGGUCAGGAGACUGCUGUGGCCUUGGAGGACAUGAUGGCGCUGAGUGCCCAGACCCUGGUCCGGACGGAAGUGGAGGAGCUGUACGAGGAAGUGCGUCUCCUCGGCCAGGGACGGUUCGGCCGUGUCCUGCUGGUUACUCACCGCCAGAAAGGAACACCUCUGGCACUGAAGCAGCUCCCCAAGCACUCCACUUCCCUCCGUGGCUUCCUGUAUGAAUUCUGCGUGGGCCUCUCACUGGGCACACAUUCAGCCAUCGUGGCAGCCUAUGGCAUUGGUAUUGAGUCAACCAAUUCCUACAGCUUCCUGACAGAACCUGUUCUCCAUGGGGACCUCAUCACCUUCAUCCAGCCCAAGGUGGGUCUCCCACAGCCAGCCACCCAGCGCUGUGCAGCCCAACUGGCCUCUGCCUUGGAGCACAUUCACUCCCAUGGCCUGGUGUACCGGGACCUGAAGCCAGAGAAUGUGUUGGUGUGUGACCCAGCCUGCCAGCGUGUCAAGCUGACAGAUUUUGGCCACACCCGGCCCCGAGGGACCCUGCUCCGUCUCACUGGGCCACCUAUCCCCUACACUGCCCCUGAACUCUGUGCCCCACCACCCCUUCCUGAAGGACUACCCAUUCAACCUUCCCUGGAUGCCUGGGCUCUGGGGGUCCUGAUCUUCUGCCUUCUUACUGGCUACUUCCCCUGGGACCAGCCCCUGGUGGAGGUUGACCCUUUCUUUGAGGAUUUUCUCAUCUGGCAGGCUUCUGGCCAGCCCCAAGACCGGCCACAGCCAUGGUAUAGCCUGUCACCUGCAGCAGACACUCUCCUGUGGGGGCUGCUAGAUCCUCACCCCCGGAAGCGGAACCCUGUGAGCUCCAUCAAGAGCUAUCUAGGCCAACCCUGGAAGCUGAGGGAGGGGGAGACUGAGGAAUUGGCAAAGGAGCUGAGAGAAGACGGGUCUCUAGGAGGACAGGAGGCUGCAAAGGGGGAGCAACCGGCAUGCUGAGACCUGCUUAGCCUGAGCUGCCUAGCUGUGGCCUCUUCUCUGUCUUCAAUCUGUCCCUUAUCUGUCCUACAUGUUGUCUUUGUCCCUCCUUAAUGCUGUGCGUGUGUUUGUGAAUGUACACACGUGCGUUUAUAUGUGCACAUAUGUAUGUAUGUAUGUAUGUAUGUAUGUAUGUAUGUGUAUAUAUAUGUGUGUGUGUGUGUGUAUCUGUGUGCAUGCACAUAUGUGUGUGUACAUAGCAUGUGUGUAUAUGUGUGUGUGUAGUGCUAUGUGUAGGUCAGAGGAGUUUUAGGAGUCAGCGCUCUCCUUCUACCUUGGGGCCCAGCUAUGGAACUGAAUGAAUUCUUGUAUGCCUUCAAGUGUCUUUAGCUACAGGAGCCAUCUUGCUGGCUCUGGUCUAUAUAACUCUGGAUCCUCCUGCCUCAGCUUCCUGAGUCCUGAGAUAGCAGGCAUGCACCAUGCUCGGCUGUCCUGCAUAACUCUGUGCCAUCUCACCCACUUUAACUAGUCUUCCCCACAAACCCAGGUAAAAUGCCCACCUGCUGUGAACGUCACAAUCCUAAGCCCCCCUACACUCGAUGUUCCUUCUAUUUACUUCUGUGGUGUGCACUGAAACUUUGCUACCUGUUCACUUAUUUUUGGAGCUCCCAGAGGGUGGGUUUUGGCCCCUGAAGGACUGACGCUACAUCUCUGAGCAAUGCCCAGGCUGCAGUAGCAGCCAAAUGAGUAGACAGUCACAUCUUCUCAGCAUCGCUCCCCACCACGUGGGCCUCUUGUCACUGUCCAACUGGCUUUCUCAUCCCAUCUUCUCGAAUGCAGCUUCACCUCACUCAGAUCUGCUCUGGCUUCUGUCGCUCACCCACCUGCAUGCUGGGACCCACCCUCUGUGUGAGGUACACUUGUCUCAGCUGCUCUCUGCAAAUAAAGUUCCCCUGGCAACUGA